CUCAGUUUAGUUCGUGCGGCCCACUGCAACGGUUACCCAAUCUUCAAGUAUCGUAGCUUAGUUCGCUGCAAUAGUUGUGACCACACUUUCUGAAUUAUCUGUUUGUGAAAAUCUCUUUUUGAGAAAAAUCGAGAGCUGCUAAAGCAAGUAGCUUUAUAAUAUUAUUAACUUUAAUAUAGUACUGAAAACAAACAAUGCUCGCCAGCCAAACUAUGGAGAUGCAAGCCGAGGAAACCCCAUUGGCUCUCCAGCGUCUCUGGAGUUUGACCCGCGCUCGUCUCGCGGGAACUUCUACAGCUUCCGCAUUGAAUGAGGAACCAGCGCUUGUAGAAGAAACAUUAUCUUACGUGCAGAAGACGGAGGGAUCUUCAAAAGCAUUGGCACCCACAGCCAACGACUAUGAGAGUGACAGUGAAGAGGUUCAUGGAUUGGAAGUGGCUGAUGUGUACGAAGCGCCCUGCCAACGUUACUGGAGUAAUAAUUCGAGGGAUAAGGAGGUGUUACUCGAUGCCAGCACUUUAGGAGAUGUGCCCGCGGUCUACCGAGUACCGCCACUGGGUCCGCACCAGAUGCCGGUUAUCGGGGUGUACAUCGACCCCCGUGUCAGAACCGGCUUCAGAUAUAAAGUUAGACCGAUGCAGGCUCUAGAUGCUGCUCCAUUAUCAGUGAAGCCGAGGUAUUUAUUUGAUGGAAAGGCCCUUACUCUACAAUCAAUUGGUCGAGGAUAUGCACGACGAAUCACCUUCGAGCCCCAUGAUUGCACACUCAAUGAGAAUAACAAUUAUUUCUGGACUGACUCCAGGCCGGAAGGAUUUGUGUUUGAAAUAGAGGCUAUUUCCAUCGGAGACAAGUUUACUAUCUAUGAUGCUAAUCAUGAACCACAAGGAAUUUUGGAAGUCGUACAACAGCAGAAAAACCAAAUUGAACUGGAUCAAAAAAUUUACGAUGAUGGAGCAAUUGUUAAAAAAGUGAAGAUCAAUACACUAUGCAAAGUUGAGUGGUAUGAGAAUGAUGGUGCUACAAAACUAGUCCCAGUCACUGGUAUUGCUAUUCUCAAGAAAGGACGAGGCAACGCGGUAAUAGAGAGGGUGGUAAACGUUGCUAUUGGUAUCAAACAAUUGAGGAAAGGAUACGAACUUAGGUCAGGCAUUGAAUCUUCGUCCAGAAGGAUCACAGUCAACGGAGGCGACAUCAAAGACAUUCCAUGCCAAUACUGUGUUGUUGGUCUCGAGAAAUAUGAGCUUCCCGUUAUAGGAACAUAUGUUGAUCCACGUAUCAUCCCUGGCUUCCAUUACCGCGUGAGGCCUGCUGGCAGUCGGCGCCAUCUUUUCGAAGGCCGCAGCCUGUUACUGCAAUCUGUCGGCAUGGGUUACGGCAAACGCAUUACCUUCAAGUCUGACAGCCUAAACUCUCCUGACAACUACUUUUGGUCAGACUCACACCCAGAGGGUAUGGGCAUAGAGACUCGAGCCAUACAUCCUGGCAUGAAAUUCACUAUUACCGGAAACGGGGGUCUUUUGGGAGAAGCAAGCGUGUUCCGAGCUGAUUUACCACAAGUUGAAGAGAAGACAGUAUUUGUAGAUGUACCCAACAAACGCGGAAAGACUGUGGAGAAGUACGUGCACGUGGAUGUCACCUGUCACGUGAAACUGGCGACAACAGGCGGAGGGUCUGUGGACUCUGAAGUACAUCUGAUGAAGGUGUCAGGGGUAGCACUCCUGCGUAAAGAGUCUGGAAGUUCUGUAGCAAAACUUGUAAAAGUUUUCAAUGUAGGAUUAGAUUCUCAAUUGAACUUGUUGUUCGCACACUCACAAACAGAGCUCACCUUCCAUCCUCUUCCCUAAGUUGCUACACAAGACCUGAAUGGUAUUGCAACACUUGUGGCAAUAAUGCCGGUAUCACAGUGUUGUAAUCCCAAAAAGACUCACCUGGCGCGCCAGAGGCUCCGUCGAACGUCAAUCGAUUUGGUCAAGAGUUUUUGCAACCGAAGGAAGACUUUGUCUAUUGUACUGUGGCAUAAUGGUUUGCUUGUAUGACUCGGUUGUAGAGUGGUUUCAAUAUGUCAUCAAUGAAACAUCUGAAAGGUCUAAAUCCUAUCCAUCGGUUAUUAGGUACCUACUACCUAUUCGAAUAUUACAACAUAAGAAGUAGGACUAAUAAAAUAUUUCCAAGGUAUUAUUAUUCUAUUAAAUGAAACUGAAAAAUCAUUGUUAAUUAUGUUGACUGUCAGUAUUUUAUUUAACAAUUAAAACCAUAAUAUAACAAUUAAUAAAUCAGAUAUCAUUGAAGAGA